GGUCAGUCGGACCGGACCGACUGCUUGCUGUCGGCCGCGAAGAGGCUCAGGGGUGCAAACGGGACUGAGAUGUGUUAACGACUCGUGCUUUGGUUUUCCUUAGGGAGAGAGCGAGGCAGCGGGAUCACCAGAGGGCAGCAGGAACCGCGCAGGGAGCUCGCUGAAAGGCUGCGAGCGCGGCGGGAGCAGCUGGAGGGCUGUGUGAUGAUUCCCCGGCCGGGCGCUGAGAGAUCAUCAUUUCCUGAAGACUGCUGUUAAAAUAACCCAACUGAAAGCAGUUAAUGUUAACAUCUGAUGAGAACUCUUGGAACCAUUUCGACUUACUCGUUUCAAGUGAUGCUGUGAGCACAUGAAUAGUGUGCAGGGACUCUUGGCUGCCUCUGUGAUUUCCAUCCAGAAUUCCUGCUUCGUCUAUCCUGCCUGUCAAAACUGCUUUUCUAGGCUGACACUGGAUUCCAGGAGGUUCAACUGUCUAAAAUGUGGCUGCACAGGUGAAGCUAAAGAUGCAAGCUACAGAUAUAGGUUGUCCCUAAAGAUUGCUGACACUAAUGAUUUGUUUGACAUCACUGUUUUUGGAAGUUGCUUAGAUCCAUUCUUUGGGGUCACCGCAGAAAAUCUGCAGAGGUAUGUUCAAGACUUCAGUCAGCUGUCAGGAGAAACAAACACAGAAUCAUCUACAAGAGUGUUAGUUCAAGCAGUAGAAGCCUGUUUCAUUGGAAAAAGGUUUCUAUUUGGAGUGAAGGGUUGUGCAAGGGAAGAUGGAGGGCAUUCUGCUGCCAGCAGCGUCUUGCAGAAGUGUUCCAGAAUUAAUAGAAGUACGAGAAACCUUGUAGCAUGCCAGAUCUUCCUGCCAAAUGCUGCUGUUACUGGUUUUACUGUUAUCGGCUACUUAGAUCAUCUCCUGCAGUCGGCAAAAUUCAGGAGCUGUAAUAACAGCUCAUGUUUACCUGAUGUGUCAUCAGCUCUCGUAGAUGAACCUCUCAGUGAGCUCAGCAGCUUGUCUAGCCUGAGCAGGAGCUCCUGCUUUGUUCAGUCUAGUGGCAGGAAAAGUUUUUUAGGGUGCUGGCAGCAGUCCUUCAGUCUGACUUCAUCUGUUGCUUGGGUAACAGCGGAAGACUUUCCUACUCUGGAAGUGGGAAAGCUGUUGAGUGAACAGCAUGAACAAGAGGAGAGGCCUGUCUCUGCAGAAUUGGGCAAUGUAAGCCUCAACAAUCAAACUCUUUGGGACUCACAGUUUCUGAUCUCUUCUGUGAAGGAAGGGGGUAAAGAGAAGGAUAAUGAAUCAAAUUCACAGCUUAAUCGAACUGACAGUAUCUCUGCAACUGAUAAAUUAGAGAGAGUUUCCUCUUCAAACACCAAAUAUUCACAUGGAAACAGUUCCAAGUUGUUACAACAUCCCUUGAAACCUGAGGUAAAAAACAAUUACCCAAAACCUAAUAGUAGAAAUUCUUGUUACCCAGAAAAAUCCCACAACUCCCUUGUUUGCAAGAGAGAUGCCUCAGCUCCUAAUCACACAAACGUAGUUGGAGUGUCUCAGAUGGACUCUAUGCUCUGGGAAGAGCUCCCAUUCUCAGAAAGCCUAAACGAAUUGUUAGCCAGAAUAGAGGAUGGCAGAAGUGUUGUGACAUCACCUAGCCUUGAUGCAGGCAAACAUGUCCAUCUUGAAAGUAGCAAGUUGGGUGUAAAUCUUAACAAAUCAUGUUCCAGGCAAGCUGUAGGUGAUUUGCCUGCAGCCAGUGUCUCAGGGAGGCUCUUGCCACCAGCAGAGAAUGAUAGUUGGGAGAGCACAGUGUUUGCUUGUCAUCAGUCAAAUGCAAACCCUCUGAGUGAUGUUUCACAAUGUGAGUCUUCCCCUAGAGAUUUAUCUUCAACCCUCAAGGAAGGUGGAGCAUCCUUGCCAAUUACACCAGAGCCUUCUGUUUCUCAGAGCAGAUGUGUGCAGUCCGAAGAAGCAAAUAGUGACCCUGCAAAUUCAUCUUGGUCUUUUAUUAGGCUGCAUGGAGAAACCUCCUGUUUAAAAAACGGUAAGACAGCCACCUGUGUACAUUCAGCAUGUGAAAGCUUUUUAGCUGCUUGUGAAAAUAAAGAAAACUGUUCUACACCAAGCCAAAAAACAGAUCUUACACUCACAGAGGCCCAGGUCUCUGAUCCACCAACUCCCAACAAGGCAAGGAGGAUAUAUAAAAGAGAAUUAAAACCAUUGACAGAACUGUCAGAUAAUACCUUAAAAAGUGUUAGUAGGAAAGAGCUGCAAUGGAACACCAACUUCCCUGAAGGCAGCUACAAUGCUUCUGCUGAUCUCUUUGAUGCAAGUGUAAGAGAGGUAGCAAAACCUGUGGAAUUCUUAAAUAAAUCAUGUAAUUCUUUAAUACAGGAUGAUACAUUGACAGAGAAGGUCACAGCUGAAUCGAUGCUUUCUCCUGGAGGUGUUCCUUGUAACAGUUCAAAACUGAGCUCAUCCCUACACAGAUCCCCUCAUGCUUUCAGCAAGCACAGUACACCUGUAACUUCCUCCUUUUGUGAUUCAGAAUGCAGUUCAGUUUGCGCUCAGGACUUUGUUCCUUAUUCACAGUCAACUCCUAUGACAAAAGAUCUGCAGAAACUAUGGCCUGUUGGGGAAAGAAGUUCUUUUAUCACCAUCUUCACCCCUAAGAAUCCCACUAAAAUCCAUUCCAAAGGCAAGCGAUCCAGGUCUUCCUUUCAGAACACUCUGCUGCAGCAGCUUACCAGCAAGUUAGUAAAACGUGGGAGACCAAGGAACAGGGAAGACAAAGAAAGUGGCAGCUCUGCUUCUCAGCAAUUCCUUAACAGCCAACUGCCUGCCAGCUUGGAGGAGUGGACUCCUCCAUCUUCAAACAAAGGGCUGAAACCAACUGCAUCUUCAAAUUUGAAAACAGUUAGCUGGGCUGCUGACUUGCAAUCCACCUGUGGGCAUGCUGGCCAGAACCCUAUUUCUGAAAGCAGAAAGAACAGUGAAAAUGAUGAAAAUCUCAUCCAAAAUGAGGGAAUAAGCCUUGGGGAUAGAGCCAGGAUUCUAACAAUUCCUUUAUCUGCAAGUGUCACUAAGACCUCGUUUUUAAAUGAUCCAGUCCUGAAAACUUGUUCCCCUCCAGAAGGGAGGAGUCACCUCCCAGGUGGAAAUUAUUCAGGGGUUAUGUUGGAAAGGCCAACUGUCUGGUCCCCUGAGCUGUUCUUCCAAGCACAAACUCCUUUUUCCAAUAAGCCAAAAUACUAAGAAAGAUAUAUUUCUAUGCUGUGUUCUUUUUAAUUAUUUUUACAAACUUUUAGGAAGGAUCCAGUGGAAGAAAAAAGCUACUUAAAAGUUAAAUCGUUUAUUCACCUGUCAACAUAUGUCUUGCAAAGAGGAGUUAGGUUUAUUUUCAGACCUUUGUACCACAGAGAUUAGGGAAACUACAAUUUGUAGUUACUAUAUUUUCUUGAAAAUAAUUAGGAUGUGCAAUAAACACUUUUGUAAAUGUGCGAGUAUUGAAUAGAUCCUACUUAAUAAAAUACAUGUAGGUGAAGGGUUUUAAUGUUCUCUCUUGUCUUUACAUCACAAGAGCAGCACUGGAAUCCAUGUCCACUCCAGAUUCUUGCCUGAUGAUUCUGGCAGGAGAAGGGCCAAGUUUUCAUCGAAGAUUUGAUGGUACCUUGUAUCUGAGCCCAUUUGGGAUCCUGUGACUGCCUUGAGUUGGGUGAAGGGGACCGUCUUGAAAGCUUGGUAGCAGCUCCCAGUUUUCCUACAGGCUUUUUCAAGUUAGACUGCUAGGGGCAGAUUCCUGACAGUCUUUCCUUUCCUUGCUUUAAAGUCUUUCAUAUCCCUAACCCAAAACAGCUGCCUUUAGGGUCAUUGAACAGAGAAAUCUUGGAUCUGCUGCUUCUAAGCUUGUAAGUCAGGUCCUGCAGAAGGAAGUGUGAAGCUGGUGGCACAGGAUCUGAGCAGCCUGAAAAUGCUGACAUUUUGUUGUGAGUGAGUGUUUUAAGGUCCUAGUGUGGCCCAAGAGGGUGGAGGGAAUGCAGCACACCUGUAGAACCAGAAACAGACCUAAAAGUACUUGCUGUGACUUUUGAGGUAUAAAAUAAAUAUAAACCAUUUUACAUUG